AUGGCUGCUGCUCCUGGUCCGGCGCUCACCAUCACUGGGCCUAAUGGCCGACCCAAAGUCACUGCCGCUGAUAGAAAGCCUAUGACUAUCAAAGAGAUCCUAGCGGAUAUACGCCGAAAGGUUGAAGCCGACAUCGAGAAAAACAAGAAAAGGAGACGGGAGUUGUUUUUGGAUAAGAAGAAGCAAAGGGUCCCGACAGAUGAGCUUGUUGCUGGUGGUCUGGUCAAGAAAAUGAACUAG